UAUUUUAUUUUAUUUUUACAUGAAUUGUAAUACAGUAUUGAUACUAACAGUUUUGCACUCUACCGUUUUCACCUUUAAACAGGGACCUGAUGGAGCAUCAGUGGGAAAAAUGAUGGUUUUAAUGCUGAAAGAGACAAAGUUGCGCAACAGCUGUAAAUAGACUUGCGCAUGUAUCCUAGCAACGCCUCGCGCAUGAGCGUGCGUGACGUCAUAGAAUACUUGCGCGUGACGUCAUCCGUGCCUCUAAAAACAGGCGCGCAUGAGGGAGCAGGACCAGACACGACUGGGAUUACAAACAGACACCCUGAGCUCACUGCAGAUCCUGUACCGAGACAAUGGCUUUUAAGAACUGGUUGAAAAAACUGACCUCCGGGAAAAAGUCCUGCAGGAAUGAGGAGGAAGAGAGGCAGCAGAAAGAGAAGGAGAGGCGGCAGAUAGAGAAGGAGAGGCAGCAUAAAGACAAGGGAUGGCAGCCAAUGCUGCAGAUAAAGAAGAAGAGGCAAAUAAAGAAGGAGAGGCAGAUAGAGAAGGAAUGGCAGCAGAGAGAGAAGGAGAGGCAGAUAGAGAAGGAGAGGCAGAUAGAGAAGGAGAGGCAGCAGAGAGAGAAGGAGAGGCAGAUAGAGAAGGAGAGGCAGCAGAGAGAGAAGGAGAGGCAGAUAGAAAAGGAGAGGCAGAUAGAGAAGGAGAAAGAGCAGAAAGAGAAGAAGAGGCUGCAGAUGCAGCAGAAAGAGAAGGAGAGGCAGAUAGAGAAGGAGUGGCAGAAAGAGAAGGAGAAGCAGCAGAUAGAGAAGGAGAGGCAGCAGAUAGAGAAGGAGAGGCAGCAGAUAGAGAAGGAGAGGCAGCAGGAGGAGUAUAAAAUUCCUCCGCCUUUUGCGCCCCCUGCCCCUGUACAGUUUGUAGUGCCGUGGCAACUGAUAGAGGAGGAGAGGCAGCAGAUAAAGGUGGGAGGACAGCAGCCUGCCGGAGUGGAGGCUUCGUCCCUAAUUAUGCCAACAGCGCCCCCUCUCCCUAAUGAGGAUUUAGCGCUGUGGUACGGGGCAGCAGAACCAUGGCAUCUCAUAGAGGGGGAGAGGCAGCAGAGAGAAAAGGAGUGGCAGCAAAUACAGACGGAAAGGCAGCAGAUAGAGAAGGAGAGGCAGAUAGACAAGGAGAUGCAGAUAGAGAAGGAGAGGCAGAUAGAAAAGGAGUGGCAGCAAAUACAGAUGGAGAGGCAGCAGAUAGAGGAAGUGAGGCAGCAGAUACAGAAGGAGAGGCAGAUAGAGAAGGAGAGGGAGAUAGAGAAGGAGAGGCAGAUAGAAAAGGAGUGGCAGCAAAUACAGAUGGAGAGACAGCAGAUAGAGGAAGUGAGGCAGCAGAUAGAGGCAGAGAGGCAGCAGAUAGUGGUGGAGAGGCAGCAAAUAGAGGAGUAUAGCAUUGCUCCACCUAUAGCGCCCCCUCUCCCCAACAAGUAAGUAUUUAGCGCCGUGGCAGGGGGCGUCAGAUAGAGAAGGAGCAGCAGGAGGAGCUGUAUUAAAAGUAGGCGACAUAAAGAAGAGAAUGAAGUCUCUGGUCCACAUGGUGAACUCAUUCAUAGCUCCAUGUGGAAAUAACCUCUCUAUGAACUCCUCUGAUCCAUCUGUAUCUACAUGGUGAGCUCAUUCAUAGCUCCAUGUGUUAAUAACCUCUCUACGAACUCCUCUGAUCCAUCUGUAUCUACAUGGUGAGCUCAUUCAUAGCUCCAUGUGUUAAUAACCUCUCUACGAACUCCUCUGAUCCAUCUGUAUCUACAUAGUGAGCUCAUUCAUAGCUCCAUGUGCAUGGGUUCCUCUCUCUGGCAUGAAUGGCGUGCUACGAUUAUAAUAAUAAAUCUGAUUUAAACCCUUAAUCACGCUGCUGUUUUAUUGUCUUCUCUAAAUAUAAAAGUUUUAUUUUAUUAGUAAACCUUUAAACACAUCCACACUCACCCAACACACUCAGAAACAAGAAGCAGCAGCAGCAGCAUAUACACUGCAAAAAAAUCCAUAGGCAAAAACUAGACAACAUAUAUGUAAAUUAAGAAAAAAAUAUGUAAAUAAAAAAC